AUGCCCACGCCCAACACCUCUGUGCCUCCACCUGCUUUCUGGGUCAACACCUCUGGAGGCAGUGUGCUGAGUGCUGAUGAAGCUAUGACGCCUGUUGGAUUCCUAGCCCUGAGGGUUGCCCUGGCCUAUGGGCUCGUGGGGGACAUCGGCUUGCUGGGAAAUUUGGCCGUACUCUGGGUUCUGGGUAACUGCGCUUGGCGAGCCCCCUGCCCACUUUCUGAUGCUUUUGUCUUUAAACUAGCUUUGGCAGACCUGGGGCUGGCACUCACUCUCCCCUUCUAGGCAGCCGAGUCGGCACUGGACUUCCACUGGCCCUUCGGAGGUGCCCUCUGAAAGAUGGUCCUGACAGCCACCGUCCUCAACAUCUACGCCAGCAUCUUCUACAUCACGGCGCUGAGUGUUGCCCAAUACUGGGUGGUGGCCAUGGCUGCAGGACUCGGCACCCACCUCUCGCUCUUCUGGGCCCAUGUGGCCACCCUGGCCGUGUGGGUGGCAGCUGCCCUGGUAACGGUGCCCGCAGCUGUCUUUGGGGCCAAGAGCGAGGUGACUGGCGUGCGUCUGUGCCUGCUGUGCUUCCCCAGCAGGUAUCGGCUAGGGGCCUACCAGCUGCAGAGGGUGGUCCUGGCCUUUAUGGUGCCUCUGGGCAUCAUCACCACCAGCUACCUGCUGUUGCUGGCCUUCCUGCGGCGGUGGCAACGGCAACGGCAGGACAGCAGAGUCGUGGCCCGCUCCAUCCACAUCCUUCUGGCUUCCUUCUUCCUCUGCUGGUUCCCCAACCACGUGGUCCCUCUUUGGGGUGUCCUGGUGAAGUCUGACCUGGUGCCCUGGGGCACUUUCUACACCAUCCAUACCUAUGUCUUCCCCAUCACCAACUGCCUGGCACACAGCUGCCUCAACCCCAUGCUGCACUGCUUCCUAAGGCGGGAGCCCCGGUAGGCCCUGGCAGACACCUUCAGGGAUCUGUGAGCAAGGCUGUGGCCCCAGGGCCGGGGCUGGGUAGAACAGGUGGGCAGGCGGUGGAUGGAGAGCACCCCUUGGGAGGGUGACCCUUCUACCAGGCUUACCAACCUGGACAAAGGGACACCUAGGUGA